UGGAGACCCGCCAGGUACCCAGGAGCCCCCGGGUGCGGCGGCUGCUGCUGCUGCUGCUGCUGCUGCUGCUGCUGCUUGUGCCCUGGGGCCACUGCACUGCCUCAGGAGUCGCCCUGCCACCCGCGGGGGGUCUUCAGACUCCGCACCCUGCGCCGGGCUUGGAUGGAUCCGACCGCCCCCCAGUCGCGGCGGAGCCUGGCGCUGGCGGACGAUGCGGCCUUUCGGGAGCGCGCGCGGCUGCUGGCCGCCCUUGAGCGCCGCCACUGGCUGAACUCUUACAUGCACAAGCUGCUGGUGCUGGACGCUCGCUGAGCGCUCUGCCCGCCCCACCUUAAUAAAGACCCUGCUGUGCGGCUGGACUGCGCCUCCUGUGUGUGUGCGUGAGCGCGCGCGCGUGUGUCUUGGGUGGGGGGAGAGGGGUGUUUCUGUUUAGGGGCGAGCCCUGCAUCCGUUACGCUGGUGUCUAGCCCCUCAGUUCCCGCUCUUUUCUCAUCUUUCCCUCCACUCAUAUUCUCUGUCUCCCUAUCUCUCUCUGCUCUACACCACCGGUACCCUCGGCCCAGCUUUUUCCUUUCCUCUCACUCUGUGCCUCUGUGCCUCUUUCCCUCUCCCCCAGCGUACCUGUUCCGCCCGGCGUCUCUGUCCUCCUCUCUGGGAUUCUAUCCCCUUCUUCUCUUGUUCUCUGUAAACUCUCAGGUCUCUGUUCCCCUCUGAGUCACUGCUGCCUUCUCUGGGUCUCUGUUGCUCUCUGGGUACCUGUUCUGAGUCUCUAUACUUACCUUUCAACCUCCUG